CGUCAUAUUACCCAUAAGACUUGAGAAAUGGCUGCUCAUGGCAAUUAGUAAAUCUUGAUGUCUGGAUACGUUCAUAUGUAUUUAUUAUAUACUAAUUGCCAUUAUUGAGUUUAUAUGAAAAGUUACUAAGCAAGUUGCAGCCAUGGCAGAUGUUAGCGAAUGCAGCAUCAAGGUUAUAUGUCGUGUGAGACCUCUAAAUGAAUCUGAAGAAAGAGCUGGCAGCAAGUUUGUGCUGAAAUUUCCAACAGAUGAAUCUAUUAGUAUUGGUGGAAAAUUGUUUGUCUUUGACAAAAUCAUAAAGCCUAAUGUUACUCAAGAAUAUGUUUAUAAUGUCACAGCCAAGCCUAUUGUUGCAGAUGUGCUCAGUGGCUACAAUGGCACAAUAUUUGCAUAUGGUCAAACAUCCAGUGGUAAAACUCACACAAUGGAGGGUGUUAUGGGGAGUGAGACUCUACAAGGCAUCAUUCCUAGAAUUGUCCAGGAUAUUUUUAACUACAUCUAUGGCAUGGAUGAAAAUUUGGAAUUCCAUAUCAAAGUUUCUUACUUUGAAAUUUACAUGGAUAAAAUUAGAGAUCUGCUUGAUGUCACCAAAACAAACUUGUCAGUUCAUGAGGAUAAAAACAGGGUUCCUUAUGUAAAGGGAUGUACUGAAAGAUUUGUUUCAAGUCCCGAAGAGGUUAUGGAUGUUAUUGAAGAAGGAAAAUCCAAUAGGCAUGUUGCAGUCACAAACAUGAACGAACACAGUUCUAGGAGCCACAGUGUUUUUCUAAUACAUGUGAAGCAGGAAAAUGUAGAAAAUGAAAAAAAACUACAUGGAAAAUUGUAUCUCGUUGAUUUGGCUGGCAGUGAAAAGGUGAGUAAAACUGGAGCUGAAGGUUCAGUCUUGGAUGAAGCAAAAAAUAUAAACAAAUCAUUGUCUGCCCUAGGAAAUGUAAUUGCUGCACUCGCUGAUGGAAAUAAAUCUCAUGUCCCAUAUCGAGAUAGUAAAUUGACUAGAAUAUUGCAAGAAAGUUUGGGUGGUAAUGCACGCACUACUAUGGUUAUCUGCUGUUCUCCUGCAUCUUACAAUGAAGGAGAAACCAAAUCAACCCUCAUGUUUGGACAAAGAGCAAAGACGAUCAAGAACGUUGUCAGUGUUAAUGAGGAGUUGACUGCUGAAGAAUGGAAGAGACGAUAUGAGCGUGAAAAAGAAAAGAACAAUAAGAUGAAACUGAUCAUAUUGAAACUUGAGGCAGAGUUACAGUCUUGGAGAAAUGGUAAAGCAGUCCCAGUGGAGGAGCAGGUUGAUGUAAAAACAGUUGCAAUGGAAGCUGAACCUGGUGCACCAGGACAAGUUGCUUUAGACCAGGCUGCUAUGCAAUCCAGUUUUAUUGGCCUUGUCAGUGGGGGAGUGAGUGCCAUUCCAGAAGCUGAAAAAGCACAGCUGGAAGAGGAAAAAAUGAAACUUUAUCAACAGCUUGAUGAUAAGGAUGAUGAGAUUAACAGCCAAGGUCAGCUAAUUGAGAAGCUCAGAGAGCAAAUGUUGGAGCAGGAAGAGCUUAUUGCCAACUCAAGACGAGACUAUGAGAGUUCACAAGCAGAAAUGGCUCGUAUACAGGCUGAUAAUGAAUCUGCUAAAGAAGAAGUGAAAGAAGUUCUCCAAGCUCUUGAAGAACUAGCCAUGAAUUAUGAUCAGAAAUCUCAAGAAGUUGAAAACAAAAACAGAGACAUUGAAACCCUAACUGAAGAAAUCAACCAGAAAUCAGUGAAGAUCAGUAGCUUACAAGCUGAAUUUGAAUCAAUCCGUGACUCAUCAACCCAUCAGAAAAAGAGAGUUGUGGAAAUGAUGUCUAGCCUUCUCAAAGACCUUGGAGACAUAGGGGCUGUAAUAGGAGGAAAUGCUGCUGAAAAUAAGCCAAACAGUGGAGCAGGGGAGAAACUUGAAGAAGAAUUUACAGUGGCUCGUUUAUACAUCAGUAAAAUGAAAUCUGAAGUGAAAACUCUAGCUAAUCGCGCCACAAACCUGGAGGCCGCCCAAGUAGAUAGUCAUAAGAAGCUAGAAGAUGCAAGUUCUGAAUUAUCUGAAUGCCAGCUUAAAAUUCAACAGUAUGAAGCUAAGAUGGCGACUCUAAGUGAGACCAUCAAAGAUGUAGAGCACAAAAGACGUCAGUUGGAGGAAAAUGUUGAUUCUCUUAGUGAAGAAGUUGCAAGAUAUAAAGCAAGUGAAACAAUGCAUGCGACAGUUACUCAGAAAGUUCAAGAAACUUCAGACAAACUCCAGUCUGAGAUUGAAAUGAAAGAAGCCUUAGAAAAACAAAUGCAGAGUCACCGCGAGCAACACCAGAAGCAACUUUCAAGCUUGAGAGAAGAAAUCUCUGACAAACAAAACAUUAUUGAUGAACUGAAAGAGACCAACCAGAAAUUGACACUAGCAUUGGACAAAAUGCAGAAAGACUAUGAAGCUUUGAAGUCUGAAGAAGCUGAAAAGACUAGUCGCUUGUCUGAACUUACUCUUCAAAUGGACAAACGAGAACAAGCUAAAGAAGAUCUUAAAGGAUUGGAAGAAACUGUUGCAAAGGAAUUACAAACACUACACAACUUACGGAAACUAUUUGUCCAAGAUUUGCAAAACCGAGUUAAAAAAGCUGCCAACAAAAAAGAGGAAGAAGAAGAUGAAGAAGCUGGUGGAAACGUAGCUCAGAAACAAAAGAUUUCAUUUUUGGAGAACAACUUGGAGCAGCUCACUAAAGUGCACAAACAGCUUGUACGUGAUAACGCUGAUUUGCGUUGUGAACUACCAAAGCUUGAAAAGAGAUUAAGAGCUACUAUGGAUAGGGUUAAAUCACUGGAAACAGCUUUAAAGGAGGCAAAGGAGGGUGCUAUGCGAGAUAGAAAGAGAACUCAUGGAACCAACCAUGAUUUCUCAACAUCGGCAAGUGAUAGUUCUUUCAUUAGACAGUCUGAGGAUUUCAAAGAAAACCAAGAACCCACACAUUUAUCAAAUACUAUCUUCCAAUACAAGAAAGAAGGAAGUUGCUUAAACCAAUACCAGAUGGAGGUGGAUAGGAUUAAGGAAGCUGUCAGGCAAAGAAACCUGGCCCGUAGAGGUCACGCUCCACAAAUAGCCAAACCAAUCAGACCUGGACAGCACCCAGGAGGUCAGACUCCUCAAAGUACAGGCAUUAGGGGAGGUGGUGGCAUCCCAAUUAAUGGACCAGCAGCUGUCAAAGACUUUGCAUAAUUUGGAACAUUGACAGCAUAUAAACUGUUAAAACCAAGUACAGCUCGUUAUCAUCAUUUUGGUUAUUGAUAAAUGACUGUUUUCCUCACCUAGCAUUCCGCUUAAGGCUUUUGUCUCCAUCUUCACCAUAAUGUUUAUCAGUCAUAGUCAGUUUAAGCAAAUUUAUAGUACAAAUUUUAUAAUAGCCAAUGUCUUAGUUAAAUGAGCUUAACUUAAUUACAAGUAGUUUUUGUCAUAUUUUAUGUACAUGAUCUUGGUUGUCUAUCAUUCUUUAUGUAUGCAAUCUGUGCUUUCUUCUACUUAUGAUGAUGAGGAUUAGUUAAAUAACAAAAUAUUCUGGUCAUGACAGUUUCCCAGCACAACAGGAAGCCAGAGAAAUAAAGUAAAUAAUUAUGUAACACUGGCAGUGCAUUAUUUUAUGACAACAUUUUAUCUUGCUAUAUUUUAAACUUUUUAAGUAGGAUGUCAUUUACUUAAACAUUUUUUGUGACACAACAAAACUAGCUAAACUUAUCCUCUUGGUUGAACUGUAGAUAUUAGAAUUUCAGAGCAUGAACACAUUCAUGCUACAAGUGCAAUAUUCACCUUUUAUCUAUUGAAGGAUUUUAAUUGAGACAACAUAUCUUUCUGUAUUUAUACUACUAGUAAGUGUUUCCUGUAAAUUAUUUGGCAUUGAUUUCAUGUGUAUAUUAGAACUGUGUGAAGGUUACUCUUGUUUCUCUUUCCCUCCCCCCUCCCCUGUGUUCUCUGUGAAUAAACGACAAUUGGAUUGUGGUUGGUAAGAUUUUUACAGCAUGCUGGUAGUCUUUAUACUAAGGCAACAUAUAUUGUACAUACAAUUUCCUCUGUGCUGUAUCUUGCUAUAGGUUAUCUUGUAGUGCUGCCAUUUAAUGAACUUUAUAAUUACUACAUUUACACUUAGAAACUGAUGGUUGUAAUUUUAAAGUUUUUUUAAUGGUUCACAACAUUUCGCAGUAUAAUUUUAAGAUCAGCUAUUAUGGGGAAGUUUGUAUAAUACAAUAGUGUACAACUUGCUCUUAAUUAUUACAUGAUUUUUAAUUCUUUUUGCUAUCUAUGUAAAUUAGAGGGGUGAUGGUUGUAAAAAGAAUUUGCUUAACGUGUCAUGUUUGUUUUUAAUAGAUGCAAUUUUAUUAAAUUGUGCUUUUUUUAUUUUUAACAAUUGAACUAGUAUGUGAACAAGAUAGCACUUUCCUUCUUGAUUUCUUGUGAUAUAAUUUAGUGUUAAUGUGAUAAAUAUGUUCUCUGUGUAUUUUUGUCCUUUUGUACAGAAUUAGUGUUGCUUUAUAAUUCAUUGGAUAUGCUUCUCACACAAGUUGUAGAAAUGGUCUACAACUUGAACUUUGCUUUGAAAUUUGAUUGUUUUUUUUUUACACUUUUAAAUAACAAAAAAAAAAUCUAAGGGAAUGGGAUACGGAGAACUGUUUUAGCCAUUUUUUUUUUCCCGAGAUAUUCCCUUACAGUAAUACUUUUUGAGCUAUUAGGGUACAUUUUUUAAGCAGUUUUGCUGUAAAUGGUUGUGCAUUUCUCAAAAUAUAGCAAACUUUGCUAUUAACUAGAAACUAUUUUCAUUAGUCAACUACUUAUUCAUGUUGUAUGACUUUUUUUUAUCAGUACAAGACAUUUUCUUUCUAAAAUAUGUGGGUGAAAAACCACAAUCCAUACUUUAAAAAAAAUUAUUGUAGAACAAAUAUUUUAACCUGUCUGAAACCUACCUAGUCCUUUCAUUUGCAAGGAUGCAUUUUUUGUUUAAUUUAUUAACUUAAAGUGUGGUAGUUGUAAAUGCAAUAUUUCAAAGCGCUUGUUUGUGGCACAAUAAAAAAUAAAACAAUCA